AUGGGGCCCCCCGGGCAAUAGGGGAUCAUGGGGCCCCUGUGUCCUUGCCCAAACUCAAAAAAGCCUAUGAAAAAGGUACCAGGGACAUCUCAUGGGGCCCGCUACUGACCCCGGGCCCUCGGGAUUUGGCCGAAUUUCCAUUGGUCAGUUCUACGCCUGCUUCCCAAUGAUUGGCUGGUUAGAAAAUUGCACAUUUAACCAGGUGCAUUUUUGUUCAAAAUUUUCAGUUCUUUACAACCUAUAAAGUGUUUUUUGAAACUUCCUGUGCGGAAUAAUUUGGAACACAAAUCCUGUUAUCAU